AUGACGGCGCUGCCCGGCACCGUGGCUCUGAGGGAGAUCCGCCGUUAUCAGAAAUCUACUGAGCUGCUCAUCCGUAAGCUGCCCUUCCAGCGCCUGGUAAGAGAAAUCGCUCAGGACUUUAAGACCGAUUUGCGCUUCCAGAGCUCGGCUGUCAUGGCACUGCAGGAGGCGAGCGAGGCAUACUUGGUCGGCCUGUUCGAGGACACUAACCUGUGUGCCAUCCACGCCAAGAGAGUGACCAUCAUGCCCAAGGACAUUCAGCUGGCACGCCGUAUUCGCGGAGAGCGCGCUUAAACGCGGACUCCGUCUAACGCACACAAAGGCUCUUUUAAGAGCCGCCUCACUGUCUCACAGAAACGAGCCCGUCUCCAUCCCCUGCACGGAACACCGUUCUGUUUGAGCUCACGGUUCGAGUGGAGUCGGAGCAGUGAAACAGAACAGCUGUUAGGACACAGUGGCCAGAGUUCUAGAACUCCUCGCGGUUUGACUGACAGGUUUUUGUCCUUUUAGAUAUUGUGGUGUCUGAGCGCCGCUUCAGUAAUCAGAAGAGAGAAGCAGAAAGUUUUCUCCGCUGCUUGGAAAUGAGCAAAGGUAAUGCUGUAUUUAAUAAUUGGUCUAUGUGUAUC